GCUCUAUGGAGAAGUGGAGGCUCCAGUGUGGAGCAAAGAGUUCCAGUGUGGAGGCCAUGAGUCUGCUCUCCUGGACUGUAGAAGCUCAGGCUCAGCUCGAAACAGCUGCUCACCUGGCAAAGCUGUUGGACUCACCUGCUCAGAGCCUGAUUAUUUCAGGUUAGUGGGAGGAGCCAAUCGCUGUUCAGGUAUUCUGGAGUUUAAGCUGGGAGUCUGGAGACCGCUCAUUGUUAAAAGCUUGGCACCAAAUGAAGCCAGACUUUUCUGUCAAUAUCUGGACUGUGGGUCUGUUGUUUCUUUAAAAAACAAACAUCAACUUGGAUAUGUGUGGGAGAUGAGUUUUGACUGUAUUAAUUCUGGAUCCCCGAGGGACUGUGCAGUAUCACAUAUAUAUUCACAUGCACUGGAUCUAAAAUGCUCAGGUUACAUGACCAUAAAUGGGAAUGUCAGAGGACUUGCGAUAAAUACUGAGUACAGCACAGAAGAACAUCAGAGACGUCUGUGUAGACAUGGAUCAUCAUCAUCAUCAUCUGCUGUUGCUGCUGCUGCUGUGGAGCUCAGGAGCCCAGGCUGAAGAGAAGUCAACAGAGUCUGAUGAUGUCAGGCUCGUGGGAGGAGCCAGUCGCUGUGCAGGAAUACUGGAGCUGAAACAUCUGGGAGAGUGGAGACCAGUGAAGAGCAAUUCAUGGACCCGGAAGGAAGCAGCUGUUGUCUGCGAACAUCUGGACUGUGGCUUUCCUGUUUCUGUAGGAAGAAGAGAGGAUGCCUCGAGUAGCCCAACAACGUGGUGGAUCAGUCGGGACUGUCUUCUUUCUCGAUCUCUUCUGGGGCAAUGUGCAGUGUCUUGGGAACUGUCUUCUACCAGCGUCUUUGACAUAACCUGUUCAGACUCUGUCAGGCUGCUGAAUGGUUCCAGUCUGUGUUCAGGCAGACUGGAGGUGAAGUCUAACCAGAGCUGGUCCUCAGUGUGUGAAGCUGACUUUGACCAGCAGGAUGCAGAGGUGGUCUGUAGGGAGCUCGGCUGUGGGCCUCCUUCGGUCCUCCAGGGGGCGCUCUAUGGAGAAGUGGAGGCUCCAGUGUGGAGCAAAGAGUUCCAGUGUGGAGGCCAUGAGUCUGCUCUCCUGGACUGUAGAAGCUCAGGCUCAGCUCGAAACAGCUGCUCACCUGGCAAAGCUGUUGGACUCACCUGCUCAGAGGGUGAGGAUGUCAGGUUGGUGGGAGGAGCUACCCACUGUACAGGAACGGUGGAGCUGAAAUAUCUGGGAGAAUGGAGACCAGUGGAAGCCAUUGAGUGGACCCGGAAAACAGCUACUGUUGUCUGUGAACAGCUGGACUGUGGUUAUGUUGUUUCUUUAGGAAAAAGGACGGGUGCAUCAAGCAGAUCUGUGUGGAGCAUCAGUGAUAUGUGUAUUCAGCUUGGAUCUACUCUGCAAUACUGUGCAUCAGCUUCGUUUUCGAAGUCCAUUUUUGAUGUAACCUGCUCAGACUCUGUCAGGCUGCUGAAUGGUUCCAGUCUGUGUUCAGGCAGACUGGAGGUGAAGUCUAACCAGAGCUGGUCCUCAGUGUGUGAAGCUGACUUUGACCAGCAGGAUGCAGAGGUGGUCUGUAGGGAGCUCGGCUGUGGGCCUCCUUCGGUCCUCCAGGGGGCGCUCUAUGGAGAAGUGGAGGCUCCAGUGUGGAGCAAAGAGUUCCAGUGUGGAGGCCAUGAGUCUGCUCUCCUGGACUGUAGAAGCUCAGGCUCAGCUCGAAACAGCUGCUCACCUGGCAAAGCUGUUGGACUCACCUGCUCAGAUAAUGAUGUUUUCAGGUUGGAGGGAGGAUCCAAUCACUGUGCUGGUACACUGGAGCUGAAACAUCUGGGAGAGUGGAGACCAGUGGAAAUCUAUGAUAGGAUGCCACAGACUGCUGCAAUUGUCUGUGCACAUCUGGAUUGUGGCUCUAUUAUUUCCAUAGAACAAAACCAUGAGUCUUCACAUAGAUUAACGUGGGGAAUCUCAGCUGACUGUGUUCAGGAUGGAUCUUCUCUGAGGCAGUGUGCAAAAUCAGAUCACUCAUCUCUCAUAACAACACUUCACUGUUCAGACUCUGUCAGGCUGCUGAAUGGUUCCAGUCUGUGUUCAGGCAGACUGGAGGUGAAGUCUAACCAGAGCUGGUCCUCAGUGUGUGAAGCUGACUUCGACCAGCAGGAUGCAGAGGUGGUCUGUAGGGAGCUCGGCUGUGGGCCUCCUUUGGCCCUCCAGGGGGCGCUCUAUGGAGAAGUGGAGGCUCCAGUGUGGAGCAAAGAGUUCCAGUGUGGAGGCCAUGAGUCUGCUCUCCUGGACUGUAGAAGCUCAGGCUCAGCUCGAAACAGCUGCUCACCUGGCAAAGCUGUUGGACUCACCUGCUCAGAGCCUUAUGAUGUCAGGUUGGUGGGAGGAGAAAGUCCCUGUGCUGGUACACUGGAGGUGAAAAUGGGCGAAUGGAGACCAGUGUAUGCCCUUCAAUGGACCCUGAAUGAAGCAGCUGUUUUCUGUGAACGUUUGAACUGUGGCUCUGUGCUUUUGAAGCAAGAGAGAAAUCAAACCAAUUCCAGAGGCACCUGGUGGCUCAAAAAUGAUUGUAUAGAGUCUAGUCCUGAUUUAAGGGUGUGCGUAACAUCAGGAAUCACUGACCUCAUCCUGCAUCUUACCUGCUCAGACUCUGUCAGGCUGCUGAAUGGUUCCAGUCUGUGUUCAGGCAGACUGGAGGUGAAGUCUAACCAGAGCUGGUCCUCAGUGUGUGAAGCUGACUUUGACCAGCAGGAUGCAGAGGUGGUCUGUAGGGAGCUCGGCUGUGGGCCUUCUUCGGUCCUCCAGGGGGCGCUCUAUGGAGAAGUGGAGGCUCCAGUGUGGAGCAAAGAGUUCCAGUGUGGAGGCCAUGAGUCUGCUCUCCUGGACUGUAGAAGCUCAGGCUCAGCUAGAAACAGCUGCUCACCUGGCAAAGCUGUUGGACUCACCUGCUCAGAGCCUGAUGAUAUCAGGUUGGAGGGAGGAGCCAGUCGCUGUGACGGAAGACUGGAGAUAAAACAUCUGGGAGAGUGGAGACCUGUGGAUGGCUCUGACUGGAUCCUGAAUGAAGCAGCUGUUCUCUGCAAACACUUAAACUGCAGCUCUGUGAUUUCUGUAGAAGCGAGAGAUAACUCCUUUUACAACCAGACAUGGUUUCUCAAUCAAGGCUGUGUUCGGUCUCGAUCUGAUUUAAGGGCGUGUGCAGCAUCAGGAUUCACUUACAGCAUCCUGCAUCUUACCUGCUCAGACUCUGUCAGGCUGCUGAAUGGUUCCAGUCUGUGUUCAGGCAGACUGGAGGUGAAGUCUAACCAGAGCUGGUCCUCAGUGUGUGAAGCUGACUUUGACAAGCAGGAUGCAGAGGUGGUCUGUAGGGAGCUCGGCUGUGGGCCUCCUUCGGCCCUCCAGGGGGCGCUCUAUGGAGAAGUGGAGGCUCCAGUGUGGAGCAAAGAGUUCCAGUGUGGAGGCCAUGAGUCUGCUCUCCUGGACUGUAGAAGCUCAGGCUCAGCUAGAAACAGCUGCUCACCUGGCAAAGCUGUUGGACUCACCUGCUCAGAGCCUGUCAGGUUGGUGGGAGGAGCCAGUCGCUGUGACGGAGUCCUGGAACUGAAACAUUUGGGACAGUGGAGACCGGCAGAGUCCUUAGUUUGGAGCAUGGAGACAGUUGCUGUCUUCUGUGAACAUCUGGGUUGUGGCUCUGCUGUUUCUUUCAGACAGCGAAAGAUACCUCAAAUAAGAGCUGUAUGGUCUAUUUUUGGUCAGUGCCUUCUGACCACAUCUACUCUACAAGAUUGUGUAUUCCAAUAUGACUCUGACAACUCCCUCUAUCUCACCUGCUCAGACCUGCUGGUUCAGCCAAUCAUCUCUCUGUCCUCCAUGAACGGGGUUUCUGGGGAUCUGCAGCAGGGGCUUCAGGUGUCCAGUGGCUCCAGCUUCACUAUCAGCUGCUCCAUCCAGUCACAGUACCCAGGAGGCUCCUUCCAGCUCAACUUCACCUCCUCCAACACGGCAACCAGCUACACCCAGCCAGCUGUCAAUCAUGCUGCCAACUUCCUGUUUCCUGCUGCAGAGCCCGCCCACCAAGGAAACUACAGCUGUGUUUAUCACGUCUACAUUUUGUCUCGUAACGUCUCCUCUGAGAGCCACCAGCUGACCGUCACUGUUUCAGGCUAGCAGCAGUCACAACUAGAGCUGCCAGGAGGACGCUAAGCGGGUUUACUGGGACCUUUGUGUUUGAGCAGUUUAAGAGGACAAAGCUCAGGAAGCAGAGGAGGACCUCCAAGGGGCAUCAUCUCAUAUCCAAAUGAAUUCCUCCACUAGCACUCAAGAAAUGAUUACACACUUUUCCUGUUCAGUUUUCUUUGAUGUGCAUGAAAAUAAUUUGCUCUGCUUUUUGUAAUGAGCCAAUUAAAUGGAACAACUUGUAUUUUCAUCUAAUAAAGUUCAUACAGAUGGAUAA